CUUCUCAUUUCUGCUUUGCCUGGGAACCAGUAACCAUCUCUGGGAGCUUGGAACAAAAUGACGUCGCUUCAUUUUCGGGUCGUUGCUAGGCAAAUUAUCUCCAUCUAAAACAACUAAUGUCUAGCUGCUACUUCUAUCGCUACUACUGCUGUAAUACGUAACUGGUUUUGCCAUGGCGGUGUCUGGCGAUACCACAAAUCCCAUGGAUGAGGGACUGCAGGAUCUUGGGGUACCAGUUCCGGUGCAAACCUUUCUGUGGCAGCAGAUCGCCCCUUUUAUCCGACCAAAAUUAGGAAAGUUGCACGAAGCCAGCUGUAUGUAUUGUCAACACGCACCUGGACAUCAUGAGCUGAAAGAAGCGUGUAAGUCCUUUGAAAAGACACUCGUGCAAAAUAUGUUCUAUGGACUCUCGCCGUCGCUCGACUCAGCACUGAAGUCAAUCCCCCGAUGGAGGUUGGUCCAGGCCGCACUACCUCAUGUCAUGCACUGUGCCGGAGCACUCAUGCAUAAUCGCGUGAGGGAUUUGCAGGCGCUAGGAGCCGCGGAAACUAAAAUUCUAUACACACUGCAUUGGAUUUUACUAUUUGCCGCAGAGGAGUGUGCUGACGAUGAAUUGGAAGCCAACAAAGAGAUCAAAAAGCAACAGAAUUAUUUGUUUUCUAUUCCAACUAUUUCGCUUUUCGUUUAUUUAUUCGCUCCUAUCGCUCACAUGCUAAAAGAGUCAGACUUUCAAAACAUUCGUCUCGAAAAUGGUCUAAAAAUGUGGCAGGGAAUGUGGGAAUAUCGUGCACCAAAUGCACCAUGCUUCAUUGCACCAGUGAAACCAAAGGCACGGAACUUCUUGAACUCAGUGAGCACAACCCCCUCAGUGGAGGUUUUUUCUCCAAAAAAACCAGAAAGCAUGCAUCAUGCGGCGAUCGAUUCACCACCCAGCAUCUCCUUCUCUGAAACACCAAAGCACGACGAUGAAAUGUCCUACGUUUCCUCACCAAAGGAUUCCGUUUUCCCGGAGACUAUUCCCGAAGAAGCAUCCAGCGUUGAAGAAGAACGCGUUGUGAUAUUCCAACUUCCCAUGGGAGGCACUUCAACAGAUCCAUCCUUUUACACUGCUGAUGCCAGCCUAUUACACCAGUCCACCAGCCUGAGAGGAGGCAAACACCCUGCUCAAGCAAUACGACCCGAGAAAAUAGCGACCAAGUUCGACUUUGACCGAAUAGAUUCGUUCAGUAGAGGAGACGACUCCAAGCCGAAAACAAGCUCCUCGACCGAAAGGGAGUCUCUGGAAACGGAUCCCAAAUCCCCUCAGUGUGCCAAAGGCGACGUCGCAGCUGCAACAUUCCUCGAUGUUGCAGUGUUGCGUUGCCUGUUCAUUUCGCACUGGCAGGAAGACGGAGUCUAUUGGAGCUUACAUUACUUGAAUAACAGAUUGCGAGAUAUUAGUGAAGAAACAUCGAUACCGCCUUCACAACCAAGACGACGUUCAAAUUCUUUACCGAUCCCACAAAUAGAAAUUUCCCUGUAUCAAGGGCCAACCAGCAGCAACCGAGAUAGCCCCAGUAUCGGCUCCAUCAACAAAGACUAUAUUGAGAUUCCAGAGCCGCCAAUUAGCGCAAUUCUCAUCGAUUCGCCCUACCAUGCCCCGAAAUCGCCCAGUGACGAACAAAGCACUCCAACGGCCGAACGGAAAGGUAGUGAGAAAAAACGCCGUGUAAAAAUGGCUGAUUUGAGGACAUUAAUAGAAACACGUAUCCUGUCAAAGUCCGACCGUGGUUUAGAAAAAAUCGGGCUUGAUGUGAGUGGAAAUGGAAAACGUCUACAGCACUUGGAGUGCCAUCGCAGCUUAGACACUGGAGAGCGCCAUCUGUCCAGAUCAGCUUCAAUGAUAUCACGAACACCGUCAACUAAUCUUGUCAAAGGGAAAAGCAUGCCGAGCCUUAGCUGUCUUCUAGAUAGCGGAUUCCACAGAUACGUCGAGCCUCCGAAGAUUGUACGAAAUCCGCAGCCAUCUACGAACCAGAAAUCAUACCAACCGGCACCACGAUACCCCAUCAUUACUGUAACCGAACAUACGCCAACACCGUCGCCCGAUUAUCUCAAACGACAGGGUUCAAUCGACAGCCAACUCGACGCAUUAAGCAUUGGAGGCAGCACAGGGAUGUUCAAAAGUCAAAUGUUGAGGUCCCACACUGACUCUCACAUAGGAUACAACAGUGGUGCCGACGAGACAGAAGCACCGGGUUCAAGCUUUUACAUUACCAAGGAGGGUGGGAUCGAUUAUGAAAUCGUUCUCCUGGCAGUUCAUUGCGUAUUCAAGCGUGAUUCCAACAUUUGCACAUUGCGUGUGCUGGAAACGGGAUUAAAUAUAUGCGAACUACUACUAGACCUGGGGGUGCUGAAAUUGAGUGAUCACGCACACACGUUGGCCAUGGGGAUUGUGAAACGAGCCUUAUUGCAUCUCGGAUGUCCCCACGGAUGCAAUGAUGGCAACCGUGUGCCACCUGCUGAAGUAUUACGGACCGCUUGUCAUUCUAUCCUCUCACGGUUGUUACGCCAAGCUUCGAAACUAUCCAAAGCUUAUCUUCGGACUAUGAUAAGAACAACGCAGCUGCAUGAAUUGAUUGAAUUCUUUCAUGCAUUCGUAGGCUUUUGUGUGGAUCCUAGUUCUUUGCUCUCACCCCUUAACCUUAAGAGACCAUCUGCCAUAAAAACGCUGACUCCUGACUUUGGCGGUAUAUCAGGCGGCCAGGGAGGAUACGCCACCAACUUCGGUAGUGGACUUAGCGGAGGCGCUGAGAGUCAGGUUGUCGCAGCUGUCUUCAAAACAUUGGUCAGCCGGUUCGUGAACGCACUUAAAGAGCUCAAAGGACAGGAAAACGUCGCCUUAUAUUGUGAUGUACGGCAACUUGUCACAUAUGUAAAAGGUGCCCAUGGAGGACCGUUUAGACGUGUAGCUCUGAGUGGAAUACUAGCUAUUACCCCAAGACCGCAUAAGCAAGCUCCCAACAUACAAACCACCCGAGUGAUCAGGCAUAUUCCAGCCAAUGAUAUUCAAACAUAUCAACAGGAUGAAAAAAAUCAACGAAAGUUGUUGUUCAAGAAGAAAAGCACAUCUUCAACGUGUGCCUUUGUACCACUGUUAUUGCAGAGCCUGUUGGAGACAGAGGGUUUAGAGGAACAUUGCCGAGCCAGUCAAAGUCCUUUAAGUAAUCUCCGACGGAAGGGAGCUCCACCAAGGCCUACUUUGACACCGAGACAUAGCGAAAGAGCACUACUUUCUGAUUCGACUUCAAGCUCCGAGAGAAAUUCAGUUGGUCGACUCAGUGGGAUUGUCCGUUGGUUUCGAGGUUCGAAGGAACGCGAGUCUAUCGAUUUAGAAUCUGGAGUGAUGGGAAGUUCAGAGAUAACGACUUCAUUUAUGCGAAAAGGGUCGUUGAAUUUCCAAGCGAGAGCUCGCGCUACCGAAGGAAUCGGACGAUCAAUCCAAAGAGCACGAAGACGAGUAGAGCGUAGACUUGGACGGUUUGGAAUUGGAAAAGGAAAGAAAAAAAUGGGUGGUACAGAAGAUGUUUCUGGAAGUUAUUUUAGUCGACGCAGCUCAUUUGACACGGCUGAAGGCCCGCGAGAAUCUGAAGUAGUUGUUCUGAAAGAACGUCGCCUCAUUCCAAUUGAUCCAGUUCGCGAGGGAAUGGCACGGUUUUCAUUUUUACUGGAAACGUGUGCUCCGGGAUCAAUUCCAGAUCCACCGCUGAUUGCUGCCCUACUAGAUUUACCACAAGCUCCAAUUGUUGCGCGCGCCGCUUUACUAAUGGAGUGUGCACAUUUUGUGCAUCUCUGCAAUCGUGGCCAGUGGCCCAGCUGGAUGAAACAGAACAUUCCGUCAUUUAGACCGUCUGCACCUGCACUUGGAAAUCGAACUUCAUUGGCCGCUGGAGUACGGCGGAUUCAUAUACUGCAGCGAGCCGCCGGGAAAAUGUUCCAUCAGUGGGGUGAAGCGUUGGGAUUCCGAUUAGAUGACAUGCUUAACAACGAAAAAAAGACUUACGAGCAAGUGUCGUCCAAUUUAUCUGACCCGGAAAAGCAAAAACAAUUACUACAGCAGGACGAAGAGGAAGAUUUUCUCGAUGAAAUGAGUGUUAACCCACAUGGUAAUGACUGCCCACCAGCAUUAAAACUAGUGGCAUGCAUGCUACUGAUGGAAAUCACCGGAUUUCUGAGAGAAACUUAUCAAACUUUGCCAAAAGCUUCAAGGCUGUCAACUAAAGAGAAACAAGUACCUUGGGAUAAAGUUUGUCGUGAAACGAAUCGCCGUUGGUCAAUGGCUUUAAGCUCGAUGGGACACUCCCAAACAUCUGCGCAGAGUCUGCAAUCGAUUGCAGGUCAAACGGAACGUAAAAUCUCGUUCGUUCUUCAGGAGCCGGACAAUGAGUCCGAAGGUAGUAGCAACACAACAUUAACAAUACAAGGCGAGGAAGUCGUACAACAAGCCCAAAAGCGUUCCAUCACCACUACGAGAAACUUCCUAUUGAGACGUGGAACUUCCACAACACCUGCGGGUGGCUCCUUCAAACGAAGGUCAUUGAAACUACGUCGUGGAGCCAAGGAUUUGAAGGAUAAUGACGAUUAUCCCGUUCGACGAACUGAUUCAAUACAAUCUCGCAGAAAAGUUUCCUCGUUAUCCGACCGCAGUGAUAACUCUGAACCUGGUCAAGUAAGCGGUGGAGAGGAAUCGCCGGGAAUUUUAAGUGAUGAUCAACCUCCGGAGUCACCAUGCGAUUCUAACGAUUCGGACGAAACAGCUAAGAAUCUUCCCUGGAUGCGAUCAAUUUCCGCAUUUCUAAACUCAUUCAACUACUACUGCGACCAUCAGAAUUUUUGUCACCCAUUCUGCUAUCGUAGACAUAUGCGCGGCGCGACCCGUUUAGUGAAAGCAGUUCGUAAGAUUUAUGGUGAGGAAUUCGGUUUACUUCCGAUGGCAUUCACCCAUGUAUCCGAUUCGGGAAAAAAUGGUAACCGACGGGAGCGCUCCAAGCAAGGUCGGAAAGUGUCUGACCAAAGUUCGUCACAAGCGUCUCCUUCACGAAGGAAAGACAGCAUUACAAAACGUGAUAGAAUAAUACAAGACGACUCUGAACCAAACACUUCGCAAUACUCUCAACGAAUAGAUGAAACUCGUAAAACGCAUGAACCGCCAUUAAUUUUGAAAUAUCUUCAAAACCAUGUUCGUGACAUGUUCCACGUUCCAAUCUCAACUCUCGUCAAAGGAGCAGCAGUCCUAACCGAGGAACAAUUUAUUGAAGUGACUCCAGUAGCAUGGGAAUUGCUUCUGGAAUCAAACCAAGAGGUUUCCGCUGCUUCCGCGGCCCUAUUCAUACUGGCAUCGGUCAAAUCGCCUACUACAGCUUCAGAACUGAUGCAACGCGCGUUGAAGCACAAAAAUCCAAACAUCAGAAUUCAAGCAAUGCUACGAUAUCAAGUUUUGUGGAAAAAUCGAUUCCAGGUUUGGCCUCGAAUGGAAGAAGGCGCGCACUUGUCAUUCAAGGUACCGCCUCCAGGAAUUGAAUUUACACUUCCUUCGCCUAAAAUCGGCAUCGAAAGUUUGCCUGUUGUUGACCCACCAUGGAGCCCGCGUCAGCAGAAUAAAGAUAUGGAAGUGACACUUAACCAGGAGAGACAUCGAUCACUUGUUACGGCAACCAAAACGCGGAAGAAGCAGCAAACAGAAGCCAUUCGCCAUGCUAUCCAGCAACAAGAAGACAAACAACGGUCGGAACGUCAAAGUUUUCUUAUUACGACAAUUCCUUUAACCCAGCAGGCAGCAUACGAGCCAGGUCUCGAUCAUGGCCCUGGCGAGGAUCACAUCGAAGAGGAAGAGGAUGGUGCCAGAUCUGCGAUUCACAUGCAUGCCGCCCACUCUGUCUUCCCCUCCUGUUUGUGUUCUUCGGUAAUGCAGAUCGUUGCCUGCCUCGAUGAUGCCGCUGUCAAUGCCGACGGUUGUUCCGUAUACGAGACGGCCUAUCAGGUCAUCUGGGUCUGUCUAGUAGAGGACUCCGCUCUAUUUCUACGUUAUGUUUUGGAACGACUUACCAGAGAUCAUCAGGACCAAAUGUUUAAACUAUUAAGACAUUUGAUCAGGUUUGUGCCCCGAUUGCCUCAGCAAGCUGCUUUUGCGCUGUACAACUACAUAAUCGGAUACGUUAUGUUCUACGUGCGAUCGACACACGAAUGCAGUCAGCAGUUGGUUGGUUCGGCUCUUUCCGUACUAUGGAUGAUAGUGCAUAGCGUACAUGGAAUUAUGUUCAAAGAUUUGAAACAAAUUCUGCGAAAGGAGCAAUGCGACGCAUCAAUUCUACUAACGGCAAACGUCCCAUCGGCUAAAAAGAUAGUCGUUCACGGACCAGAAGACGAAGGUGGAAUUCCUUCACAGUUUCCCGUCCAGGAAGAUACUCAAUUUACUCAACUACUUACGGAAUCACUGGAUUUCUUCGGAAUUGACGAGAAAAAAUUCAACCUAUUCCAACUGGUAGACUACAAAACCCAGCAAAUACUGAACCCAAAUUGGUAUGUACGAGAUUUAUACUUCUUCAAGAGAUCACAAUAUCCACAGCUACGGUUGCUCGAAAUGAAGCCGGAAGAGGCCUUCAAUGCGCUGCAGCGACAAGAGUUGUACAAAAAGUUUGUUGAAAUCGGAAAAGUACAUCUAACAUGGGCGAUUUUAAAAAACGUGGAUAUGGUUGUACAACGUGUGGUGUUUCUGCAUGAAGAGCUUAUGAAACUUCCGUCGUUUCCAAGAAAAGCAUUAGAAGUUGAUCUCGAUUUACAUCAAGGAGGUGAGCUCGGGAAAGAGCUUCUCGGCUUGGACGUUUUGCAUAAAUUCAUGUGGGUUCGCCUGAUUGCCCGGAUGUUUGAAGCGAUGGCUGGAAAUUUUGCUUAUUCAGCGGAUAUUCAGCUAUUUCUAAAUGUGCUAUCGGGCGCAGCUCUACUGCAUUCAGAGGACUCGUGUAUAAUGCGUUACGUCACAGCGACAUUCAUCAAUGCUGCAUUCAACUUUAAAAAUAUUUUUUCAACAAACGGAUAUUUUAUGAUCAUGCCAACACUUCUACAGGUGUACUCUUUACAUCAAACUAAUAAGCUAGUUACCACUACGAUUGAAUAUGCUGUAAAACAAUUUUACUUGCUAAAUAGAAAACCAUUUAUUUUGCAAAUGUUUGGAUCGGUGUCGGCGAUUUUGGACACCGACGAAGAUGGCGCCUACGGCGAAGCCCACAAAGUUCAAUCUAGCUGCCUGUUCAAUCUGCUUCUUAGUUUAGAAACACCAUCUCCUGAUCCAUUGAAUAUUGCUGAGUUGGUCAAGGAAUCAAAACCACUAAAAGCCAUAGAUUUCUGCUAUCACGAUGAAGAUGAGAUGGUGACUGUUCUGGAUUGCAUUACUCUGUGCGUCAUGGUUGUAUCUUACUCUGCGGAAAGUACUCGUGGUUAUCAGAUGUUGAUUAUUCUGGAAGCUAUUCUGCCUUGCUACAUGCAGCAAAUUCAAUCACCAAGUUACAUUCCAUUGGAAGGAAAAUGUGAACGUGAUAUUAUUCUCCAACUUGCGGUUGCCAUCAGAACCAUGGUUCACAACUGUGAAGGUCUAUCAAAGAGUUAUAAUGGUCCCUUCCGUAACAGCCCAGAACACAAAGGUUCCAGCCAGAGGAACUGCUCCCGCGGUCCACCCUGUUCCCCUGGAUUGGAUUUUGACGAGGAAUCUCAUUCGAAGUAUGUCAGCGAUGUAGGUCGAACCAAGAUUAUUAAUGAAUCUGUCGAAGAUUCGGAAACUAUCCGGGCCGAGUUUCGUAGACCACGUGACGUACUCCUAUCCGUUGUGGGAGAGUUUAUAACACGUGCGUCUACCCGUUUGAACGAACUUGCUAGAAAACAGGGAGAAGGCAAGCCAGUCGAAUUGUUGGAUGUUAAGUGCCACGUUAGACUAGCAGAGAUCGCGCAUUCAUUACUCAAGGUAUCGCCGUACGAUCCGGAGUCCAUGGCAUGUCGUGGAAUGCAACGAUACAUGCAGUUCAUUUUCCCCAGAGCUGAUUGGGCAGAUGAUCAUGGCAUGAAACCUGCUUUGGUUACCAUUUUACGCCGGUUAGACAAAGUGUUUCUGAAGAUUUCAAAGAAAACAUCUAUACGGCGAAAUACCGACUGGGAGGCUGCUGCUGGUCUUUUGAAAGGAGUAUAUGAAUCAAUCGUACGUUAUCCACACAUACUCCAUUGGCGUGAAAUGAAGUCUCUGCUGACUACUGUUCAGAAUCUGAUUGUGAAUGAACCGAGUAACUUCCUAGAAGGUGUAUCUAGCGCUGGUGCUGCUCUUAUGUCAAAGAGUCCACCCCCAUUUUUCUGCUCUCAAGUUGUACGGUUAGUUGCACUUCAAGUCGUGAGUCCAGUCGACUCGGUGUCAUUGGGAUUGGAGCAGAUUUGUGGUGGUAGUGCUGAAUUUCCAACUCAAGAAAAAGCUGAACGGUUUAUGAUGCACCUUUUGAUGCCAUUGUGUCUUAAGGUGUGCAGUGGGCGUAACAUUUCGGAUAUAGGUGAAUUGAAACAAUCAGAUGUUUCAUUUCUUGUCACUGCUAUUUUAAACGCUAUGAGUCCAGUUGCUGGAAGAACCGCCCAAUCAGGUGUGCAAAGCAAUCGUACAGGUGCUGAUAUCCGAGCAGGAUCACUGACCUUCACGGGAAGUCGCGACGCCAAAAGACCAGCCAAGAUCUCGACCUCGCUGUAUCAGGCAACGUUUCUUGCCCUACGCGUUUUAUGCAUUUGUUUUGAGUCCAGACUAUCCAACGAAUGGCCACGAAUCGUACGUGUGAUGCGAGAUCUAGGAAGAAGAAAUGAAGCCGCUCCCGAACUGUGGAGUUUCCUGGAGUUUGUGGUCACCCAGCGAACCCCACUAUACAUUGUACUGAUGCCCUUCAUUCUGCACAAGAUCUCACAACCUCCAAUAGGCGAUCACGAAAGACAUAUGCAAUUUUUAAUACGAGAACGAAUGAGAGGUAUGCCUCCACCUGGGGGAGUGAAAUCCAGAGGAGCAAUUUUACUGGAGCUAGCUAGAGAGAUAAGAGAUUUACGUGAGGAAUUGGAGGAAAAACGCUACGACCGAGACCCUCCCCCAGCGGAGCCGCUACGCCGUGAGAUGCCCAACGUGCCGUUGCCACAGGAGCCUUCAAAGCAUCAGCAAAGACCGUCGCUGAUUUCUAUGUUCACGGGUGGAGUGCAAGCACCGAGUUUUUCAUCAUAUCAACAAGAUUCCAGAAGUGGAACCGGUGUCUGCACUCCAAGUGAUACUCUUUCUCAGCAAACUCUCCACGCGCCCAGAUGUGAGUCCUUGUCUAGUUCGACCACCACUACCAACAAGGAAAUUUUGAUGGCUGACAAUCAAAGCGGUGACGGUAUAACGCUCACGCCUGGAAUAGUCCCAGAAGGUUCAGUCAUAAGACAAGGACCCCUGUCUAGCAUACUAGCAGAUGGCGGUAGUUAUCCACACCUAUCACACUCCAUCUCAAUGCAACCGUCUAGCAAGAUUCACGCUCCAAAGCUACGUUUUGUGUCAUCGGUGGAAUUUAAAACUUCGUCCGGCGAAACUUCCACAACACCACUGUCACCAGACAGCCUGGCGGACGAUAGUUCAGGAGAAAAUCAGAAGCAUCGCCUACAACGAUCAAGGGCUCAAAGCAGAAAAACUUUUCGUUGUCGUCGCGGAACGACCCGUUCAAAUAACCACGGCAUCGACCCAGUUCCUCCUCCAACCGUGACAGCCAUAGUCGGCGGAUGUCUUCCCCAUACCAUCUCCAGUGAGCCACCCCACGAACUAGUCAACAAAAAUAUUGCAGCAAUCGGGGAUCUCUCCUGGGACUCCGUCUCGCAAACAUCGUCCACUUCAGGUUAUCGCGACAACUACAGUCUGCAAACAGGGCUACUCUCACCGGACGGUUCUUUUUCCGGAACCGCCCUAGGAGGCCGCUCGUCCUCACAACACUCGCUGCUCAUGCUCUUUGAAACGCAAGAUGAGGAUACGUUGAUUUAAGAUUUUAGAUGAAUAUUUGCAGUUGGAUGUGUUUUUAAACGAUUUUAACUCAAAUUUUAACCCGCUAUAAAUGAUACUUUAUUAAGACAUAUAUGAACCCGAGAACCACUAGAUUAGAAUAAACCACACGAUUCAAACAAACAAACCAUACGAUAUACAAUGUAAUCUGUGUUAAACCAUACUGUCAAAAAAAUUUCCUGUGCUUUUUCGAGUCAAAAAAGAUUUUUCGAUAAUAUACGUUUAACAAAAAAUUAAGGUCAUUCUAGUGCAAAAGUGAAUGCGAAAGUGUUUUUUCAUAGGUACAUAUCUAAAAAGGCCCUUAGUUCUCUACGGUUUAACACAGGUCAUAUUAUAAACAGAACAGUUGAAUGCUUUUAAUGUGUGAUAAAAAUAAGUGUAACAAGUUUGAGUUAACAAAAGGUUUUAACGGAACGUAUAAUUUUAAAUUUAUAGUAUUUAAAAAUACGUCUAAUAAUCUUAUGAAAACUAGCGCACAAACAAUGUAAGGAACGAAACAAAGCAGUAUUUGGUAGAAUACAAGAUCGAAGAGUUGCCAAAAGAAACGAGUAUAAACUAAUGGAGGAAUUAGAGUUCUUCACUAUAAUUUCUAACCCACAAUCGAUGCAAACUAAUCCCACUCGAAAAAAGUUUUUAUUGAAGUAUUGAGUUUUACAUCCGAAUAAUUCAUUAUUUCGAGAUGAAAUCGUUAAAAGUAGUGCUAUGUUUAUAUGAAAUGUAUUUAGAGAAAUGAAAUAUAUAGUUAACUGUUAUAAAACAUAGACAUUGUUGUCAGAAUUGUUUAAACCUUUUUGUAAACAGUUACCACAGAAACAUACAAACUUGUAUGUGAUAGGAAAUAAUUAAACUUGACGUUUCGAAGUGCUAAUAUUAGAUAAUUUAAGGGCCGAGUUAGUAGCCGGUGGAGUACUCAAACAUGAAUGUUAACAAGACAAACGAUUCAUCCAUAUUACGACAAUGAAUUAAUGAAACAUAAGCAGAUGCCAAAGUAGAACGUACAAUACAUGUAAGUAAAAUACUAGAUGAAAUUAUUAACUAUUCAUUAUCUAAAUAGCGUUGCAAGAGUUCUAAUAUGAGUAGGUAACAUUUUACUAUGGAAAAGGAAGAUAAAUGUAUAUUUUGUCAGUACCUGAGAGGCUCAGUGCAAAAACAACCAAAUUUAUGGAAGCUUCAAGUGCAAUAUUUCAAAGUAUAACAUGUUACGAUUUUUUGUGCUCAUUUUGAAAAAAAAAAAAGCUAUAAUGAAAUCUGGUUUUCAAUAUUCGUUAGCUAUGCAAUAGUCACAUGCUGUGGCUGUAAAUAACUCCGUUUGCUUACAUUUGUCACAGGAAUUUUUGAAUCUUUUCUGAUAGAGUAAUUGUGGUAAGCAAUUUUUAGAAAGGGGCAUAUUUGGACAGUGGUACUUGGGUCACAAAAGGUUCAAAACCGCUUGCUAAAAACAAAAAAUGACUAAAAAUAGUGUUUUUAUGUAGGUUGUAGCUAGAUUUUUUUGUCUUCCGAAAUUUAUUUAUACGGCAUCAAGGUAUUUUGUCGUAAGAAUUUGUCUAUUAUAUUAUAGUAGCGUUUUUGGUUUUCGAGUUGGAUCGUUUUUGCACAGAGCCUUUCAGUUAUAAUAAGUUCGGGUAAGUGGAAAAUGCAAACUUGUUGGUAUGAUGUCAUCCGACGCUCACGAUUUCAAUUGAAAAGUUAUAUUGAUCUGAUAACAUGUUCAGCAAGCCAAAGAAUUUGAAUAUUAACAAUAAUCAUUUGAAUUUAACAAGCUUUUAGCAUGGACUGUCGGUAAAGCAGAACUUUGUAUGAGCGUUUCCCAAAAUAGAACGGCAUACAAUACUUCGUAACGUAUUUCGUCAUAAAUUUGGCUGCGUACUCACUAGUAUGUAGCAAAUGUGGAAAGUUUCACGAGAAUGCAAAUUUAUCAAAGCAGAAAUUAUCGCUUUGUUGAACUACAUAUUGCCGGUCCUGCCCGUUGUGAACAUUGCUGAUGCAAUCACUUACUGUAUGCUGUAUUAGAUCCAUGGUAAUAAAAAAAUAGCAGUAUUAGUAUGAAAUGUCUACUAUAAAAAAUGUGUAAACACAACAGUAGAAAUAAUGAAAAAUCAUAUACCAAAACACAAUAAUCCCUAGCGCAUUGUAAUGAUAGUCUGAAUUUAAUGUGAUAGAAUAUAACGAUAAUUGUUGCUGUUAAUAUGUUGCGUGAGAUAAUAAUUUAAUCAUCACCUGUUCAUUUGGAAUGUUGUACAAAUUAGGCAAACAAAUCACGCUUCACACUUGGAAAACGAGGAAAUAUAUGUCUUUGUGGUUUA